AUGCUGGACGAGGACAUCAUAGAGCCGUCUCAGUCAUCUUGUGUGGACGUGGGCAAGUCUCCGGACAUCCCGUACGUCUACGUGACUCAUGAGGGUCUGGUGAGGAACUACAAGCCCAUCCAGGUGGUCACGGCCUGCACCCUCAACAUCUACAACUUCCCCUUCGACGUUCAGAAGUGCAGCCUGACCUUUCAGAGCUGGCUCCACACCAUCGACGACAUCAACAUCACCCUGAUGCGGAGCCCAGAGGAGCUGAAGCAGGAUAAGAGCGUGUUCAUGAACCAGGGGGAGUGGGAGCUGCUGCACGUUCUCUCCAACUACAAGAUCUUCAGCGUGGACCACGACGACUACUACGCAGAGAUGAAGUUCCACGUGGUGAUCCGGCGCCGUCCGCUCUUCUACACGGUGAACCUGCUGCUGCCGAGUAUGUUCCUGAUGAUCAUGGACGUGGUGGGCUUCUACCUGCCCCCGGACAGCGGCGAGAGAGUCUCCUUCAAGAUCACCCUCCUGCUGGGCUACUCCGUCUUCCUCAUCAUCGUGUCAGACACUCUGCCCGCCACCGCCAUCGGGACGCCGCUCAUAGGCGUGUACUUCGUGGUGUGCAUGGCGCUCCUGGUGAUCAGCCUGACGGAGACGGUUCUGAUCGUCCGCCUGGUGCACAAGCAGGACCUGCAGCCCCCGGUCCCACACUGGCUCCGGUCCCUGGUCCUGGAGAAGGCCCCUGUGCUCUUCUGUAUCCAGCACAAGCAGCGGCUCUGCUCCCGGCUCUCCUCUCACUCCCAGGCAUCCGAGCUCGACCACUGCAAAGACAACAGCUACGGGGCCGCCCAGUGCACCCUCCACCACGGCGGCAACGACUUUGGCCGCCGCCGCAGCCACCACGACCGUGAUGGGGGUCUUCUGCUGGGCUUCCCCUCCCCCAGAGACCCUCCGGCGCCUCCUCCCGUCAUGAACAACAUCCUGCAAGAAGUCACCGCCAUCCGACAGUCGCUGGAGAAGAGGGACCACUGUCGUGAGGUGGCGAAGGAGUGGCUCCAAGUGGGCUACAUCCUCGACGUGCUGCUGUUCCGCGUCUACCUGGUUGCCAUAGUUACGUACAGCAUCACCCUGGGAACGCUGUGGGCGGUGUGGAGAGGCGCGUGA